AUGGAUCGCAGGAUGCUUCAUAAUCCAUCUGUGAACCCCAGCUCAGGGGGGGAAAUCCACUCGGUUUUUGGGAACGCCAACAUGGAGAUCGUCAGUGGUUUUGAAUCUAGUUGUAGGAGUCAAGACUAUGAUCUUUGCUCCACCUCUGGGGAUAGUGGCUGGAAGGAAAGUUUGGGGGGAAUAUCAUUGGAUUUAGAGGCUCCAGAGAAGAGGAACAGUGAGUUAGACAGAACCAAGUUGGCGCUAGGGGAGAAGAUUAGAAAGUUAAGGGACAAAGAAGAGAAUCUGAGUGUAAAGGUUAAAACUCUGCAGAUUGAUUCAGAUGAAAAACAGAAAGAGCUGGACGAGACCAUGAGAUGGACUCAUAGCUUUAGGGUCAGACUGGAAAACUCUUUGAACAUGAGGAAUGACUUGAUCCCAAAGCGCGUCGAGGAUUGUGAGGCCUUGGACCUCAUGUUGGAAACCUUUAUGGGGGAAGCAGAGAGAGAGGAUCUGGAAAAUCAGAUAAAGAGAAAGAACAAAGAACUCCAGAUGGUUAAAUCUCAGCAACAAGCUUCUCUCCAGCAACACGAGGCCAUCAUCGACUCCAAAAACAAGGAGAUCUGUGACUGGAAACAAAAGUUUGUCCAUCUCUCGGUCGAGCGAGAGAAGAUGACGGCCUUUCGGAGGAACAUCUCAGAGUCCAGAGCUAGAUCUGUGGAGGAGCAGCGAGCGCAAAUGAACGUCUACGCUCAGACCAUCCGCGAGCUCCAGCAACAACUCAACGAUUAUCAGGACGAGGUUUUACACAAAGACGAACAGAACCACCGCCUGGAGGACGAGGUGGUUCUGCUGAAGGUCGUGAACGCUCGUCUCCACAUGAAGAACGCAGAGACAGCUGCCGCACUGCAGAAGGCUCAGAGGGCUUUGGGAGAAGGAGCUGAGGAGGCCCCUGGGUCAGGACUCCUCAGACUGGGCCGGUCUUUGCUGAGGGGCUGCAUGUGUGUGGGCGCUCUGGGCCUGGGGCUCAUGGGUCUGUCUCACAUGCUAAGGCUGACGUCUGCAGCUAAGGCCGACGUCUGCAGCGAAGGCCGACGUCUGCAGCGAAGGCCGACGUCUGCAGCUAAGGCUGACGUCUGCAGCGAAGGCCGACGUCUGCAGCUAAGGCCGACGUCUGCAGCUAAGGCCGACGUCUGCAGCUAA